AUGGAACGGGUGGAACAGCUUAAUGGGCCAUUGGAAAAGCGUACCAUGUCCUACCGUGAUGCUGAAGACAGUGACGAGCAUCCUGAAUCUCUAGCAACGCCAGAUAUUUCAUGUAAUACCGCACCGACCGCGAACGGCGAUAACGAAUCCGAAAAGCAAGUUCGUGGAAGUGACACCGAAGCUGGUAGUGGGGUGCAACAGUGCACCGAUGAAAAUGAUGAUGAAAUUAAUGAAUCAACGCGCCUUACUACGAUGAAUGACGAGGAAAAUUCCUCCAGCGGCACAACAUCUCCCGGGCUGGCCGGGAAAAACAUUGCUCUCGUACAACCAAACAAUCAUCGACGGUCAGACGAACCGACCGAGCUAAGCUUCGAAAAGUUUCCUGAAAAUCACGAGGAAAAGUUAAAACGCAUUAAGAUCGAAAACGCACUGGACGACCCGAAAACGCCUUUAGAGGCCUGGCAGCAGUUUGCCAAAUCGGAGUACGGUCUUAUAAAUGAUGACUUGCGACGAAAGAUCUGGCCACUGCUGGUCGGUGUUGACCCACAACAGGUCGAUCCAGCACCCUCGCUGGAGGAAUUGAAUAACCAUCCCGAGUAUAAUCAGGUGGUGCUAGACGUGAACCGCUCGCUGAAGCGCUUUCCACCGGGCAUUCCAUACGAGCAGCGUGUGGCACUGCAGGAUCAGCUAACCGUGCUGAUUCUUCGUGUCAUUAUCAAGCACCCACAUCUGAAGUAUUACCAAGGAUACCACGAUGUAGCCAUCACGUUCCUGCUGGUCGUGGGUGAAGAGGUUGCAUUUCAUGUGAUGGAAAUACUGUCCACGAACCAUUUGGUCGAAUGUAUGCAGGAAACGAUGGAACCCACGCAGCGGCGAUUGAUGUUUAUUUAUCCGCUUGUACGCCGGGAAAAUGCGGCACUGUGUAGCUACCUGGAAAGAUCGACGGUAGGAACACUCUUUGCCUUACCAUGGUACCUGACCUGGUUCGGGCACAGUCUCAACUCGUACCGUUCGGUGGUACGAUUGUACGAUUACUUUCUGGCGUCCGAUUUUCUACUGCCAAUCUACGUUACCUCCGCGAUCGUGAUCUUUCGCCAGAAUGAGAUAUUUCAGGAGGACUGUGAUAUGGCAUCGUUGCACUGUUUACUCUCACAGCUACCUGAAGAUCUCCCCUUUGAAUAUUUGCUAAAGAGUGCCGAAAAUUUGUACCGAAAGUAUCCUCCACGAGUAAUCGAAAAGGAUGUCGAAACUAUGAUCGCCAAAGAGAAACAGCAACGAAUUAACGAAGAGCGCGAACGUGAAUAUCGAAAACUGUACGGCAAAAAACCACCACCGGUCUCGAACUCCAUUAUCAGUCGGUUUCUGCCCCAUCUGCAACUGUCCCGUCGGUCUGUCUUCGUUACGACCGCUUUCUCGAUACUGGUCGGGUUCUGUGCGUACUACUAUCGGGCGCACUACAUACCGCUGGCAGCGGUCAGAUGAGUGGAGCUGUUCCGAACGCGACUACCGUCGUCGUUCGUCGUUUGUGCCU